AUGCGACUCUGGGACCUUAGCCAGUCUAUUGUUGGCCAGUGUAAAGAUGUUUUGAACGUUUCCUUUUCAAGUGACAAUUAUAUCCGACUCCGUGAUAAAUCUAUUAAAUUUUGGAAUACCCUUGGUGUUUGCAACUACACAAUUACUGAAGAGGGUCACAUACGCUGUGUCCGUUUUUCUCCAAGCACCACACACUCUAUCAUUGUGACCUAUGGCCGGGAUAAUAUAGUAAAGGUGUGGAAGCCUACUAACUUCAAGCUGAAGACUAAUCACUAUCGUCAUGCUGGAUAUUUGAACACUGUUACUGUUUUUCUUGAUGAUUUUCUCUGUAUGUCAUUGGCUUGGUCUGCUGAUGAUCAAAUGUAG